AUCCCAUUUCCCAUCCCCUUCCGAUUCUCCGUCGCCUCAGCGGCUGAGCCAGCCUGCCAAGCCAGCCAGGUCGUCGCCUCCCGAGUCCCGACCCGACGCCGCGACUCCCUCUGCCCCAUCCGCGACCGCGAGCGCGGCACCUCCUCGGAUCCCGCCCCCAAUGGCGACGGCGUGCCCGCCGCUCUCGCUGCCGUCCACCUCCCUCUUCCGCGGCAGGUCCGCCCGCGCCGGGCCCAGACGCCGGCAGCUCUCCGCCGUCCGCUGCAGCGCCGUCGGAGAGGCGGUAGUGGAGGAGGCCUCGCUCGGGACGGCGGAGGAGCCGCUGCUGGUGAGCGCAAUCAGAGGGAGGAAGGUCGACAGGCCACCCGUAUGGCUCAUGAGGCAGGCCGGGAGGUACAUGAAGAGCUACCAAUCGCUCUGCGAGCGAUAUCCUUCGUUCCGUGAAAGAUCAGAAAAUGUCGACCUUGUUGUUGAGAUCUCUUUGCAACCAUGGAAGGUUUUCAAGCCUGACGGAGUCAUCUUGUUCUCGGAUAUCCUUACUCCACUUCCUGGGAUGAACAUACCUUUCGACAUUGUGAAGGGAAAAGGUCCAGUGAUCUAUGAUCCUUUGAGAACAGCAGCUGCUGUUAAUGAAGUCAGAGAAUUUGUUCCUGAGGAGUGGGUCCCUUAUGUGGGGCAGGCUCUGAAUUUGUUGCGAGAAGAGGUUAAGAAUGAAGCUGCUGUACUAGGUUUUGUUGGAGCUCCGUUUACCUUGGCAUCUUAUUGUGUGGAAGGAGGUUCAUCAAAGAACUUUACAAUGAUUAAGAAAAUGGCCUUCUCAGAACCAGCGAUUCUACAUAAUUUGCUACAAAAGUUCACAACAUCGAUGUCUAACUAUAUUAAAUACCAAGCGGACAAUGGGGCGCAGGCUGUCCAAAUUUUUGAUUCAUGGGCCACUGAACUCAGCCCGGCUGAUUUUGAGGAGUUUAGCCUUCCUUAUCUAAAGCAGAUAGUGGAUAGUGUUAAGGAAACACAUCCUAACUUGCCUCUGAUACUAUAUGCAAGUGGAUCUGGGGGCUUGCUGGAGAGGCUUCCUUUGACAGGUGUUGAUGUUGUCAGCUUGGACUGGACAGUUGAUAUGGCAGAGGGCAGGAAAAGAUUGGGAUCUAACAUAGCAGUUCAAGGGAAUGUGGACCCUGGUGUUCUUUUUGGAUCCAAAGAGUUUAUAAGCAAGCGGAUUUACGACACUGUGCAGAAGGCUGGCAAUGUUGGACAUGUAUUGAACCUUGGCCAUGGCAUCAAGGUUGGAACUCCAGAGGAAAAUGUUGCUCACUUCUUUGAGGUUGCAAAAGGGAUAAGAUACUAAAGAACUUGGUUCUUGCCUUUCUCCAAUCGGCAGAAGUUGUAGAAUCGGUGGUUGAGGAUAGAAUGCAGAAAGCCUAGUAUAGAGUACCUGAAAACAUUUUUGUGACUGAUUCUGUCUGUUGCAUUUCAAAUUCCGAUUUCAGUGUAUAUUGUAAGCAGAUUUGAGUUGAGGCGUAAUGAAGUGCCUACUUGUUUAUAGCACUAUAGUUCUGUACAAUCCAGCCUUGUCUACGAGACUAUGAAGCAGAAAUAUUGAUCAUAUGUUGACAUGAUGAAAAUAUUUCAAUCUUACCGCAUCGAGGGUGUUUGUU